AUGACAUAUGCUCACUUGCCCUUCAGACAGUACAACGGUCAGACUGCGGUCGCUCCCACCCUUCUCCUACAGUACAAUGGUCAGACUGCGGUCCCUCCCACCCUUCACCUUCAGUACAACAGUCAGACUGUGGUCCCUCCCACCCUUCUCCUACAGUACAACGGCCAGACUGUGGUCCCUCCCACCCUUCUCCUACAGUACAACAGUCAGUCUGUGGUCCCUCCCACCCUUCUCCUACAGAACAACAGUCAGACUGUGACCCCUCCCACCCUUCUCCUACAGAACAACGGUCAGCCUGUAGUCCCUCCCCCCCUUCUCCUACAGAACAACAGUCAGUCUGUGAUCCCUCCCACCCUUCUCCUACAGAACAACGGACAGCCUGUGGUCCCUCCCACCCUUCUCCUACAGGACAACGGUCAGACUGUGGUCCCUCCCACCCUUCUCCUACAGAACAACGGACAGCCUGUGGUCCCUCCCACCCUUCUCCUACAGGACAACGGUCAGACUGUGGUCCCUCCCACCCUUCUCCUACAGGACAACGGUCAGACUGUGGUCCCUCCCACCCUUCUCCUACAGAACAACGGUCAGCCUACGGUCCCUCCCACCCUUCUCCUACAGUACAACUGUCAGUCUGUGAUCCCUCCCACCCUUCUCCUACAGAACAACGGUCAGCCUGUGGUCCCUCCCACCCUUCUCCUACAGGACAACGGUCAGACUGUGGUCCCUCCCACCCUUCUCCUACAGUACAAUGGUCAGUCUGUGGUCCCUCCCACCCUUGUCCUACAGUACAACGGUCAGUCUGUGGUCCCUCCCACCCUUCUCCUACAGAACAACAGUCAGACUGUGAUCCCUCCCACCCUUCUCCUACAGAACAACGGUCAGUCUACGGUCCCUCCCACCCUUCUCCUACAGUACAACGGUCAGUCUAUGGUCCCUCCCAACCUUCUCCUACAGUACAACGGUCAGUCUGUGGUCCCUCCCACCCUUCUCCUACAGUACAAUGGUCAGUCUGUGGUCCCGCCCACCCUUCUCCUACAGAACAACGGUCAGACUAAUAUGUCACAAAUAGAGCUCAUCUUGUACAUCUCAAACAGUUUUCCAUCUAACAUAUGUGACUGUGAACAAACUGAUACCACAUACUGUUAG